UGAAAAUUGGCUAUACCACUCUCUCUAACUUACAGUACAAACAGACACCAUGGACACCUUCCGCCAAAUCCUACAGGCAGCCCGCAAGUCCAACUACGGACGGUACCUCGUCGAAGAGGAUGCGGUGUUCGAGUCGGUCGCCGAGGCCGUCCUCCAGCACAUGAGCCAGUACGAUGCAUCCCACGACUUCCAGCACAUCCUGCGCGUCGUAGCCCUGUCCUCGAAGAUCUUGGCCGCCGAAUUCGAGACCGAAUCCGAAAGACACGAAUGGUAUCGGCCCGAUCUUAUCCUUCUGAGCGCCCUUCUUCAUGAUGUCAAUGACAAGAAAUACGCUCCACCCGCGUCUGCCUCCGGGGAGCAGACUUCCAAGGUCGCGAUCGUGCUGCGACAGGCGGGUGUCUCGGAGGACGAGAUCGAACAUGUCGAGGAGGUGGUGAAUCAUGUCUCGUACUCGACCGAGAUCAAAAAUCCCCAGAAAGUGCAGGAGGUUCUGGAGGAUUAUCCUGAUCUCGCUGUGGUGCAGGAUGCGGAUCGGCUGGAUGCGCUGGGCGCCAUUGGGGUUGGGAGGAUGUUUACCUAUGGCGGCGCUAGGGUUCCGGAUGCUACCAUGCAGAGAUCGCGGGAUCAUAUUGAUGAGAAGUUGGUGAAGUUGGAGGGGAUGAUGAAGACUGAGAUUGGGCUGAAGAUGGCAAAGGAACGGACUGAGAGGCUGGUGGCUUUCAGCAAGUGGUGGGAUGAGGAGGCCGCGUUGUUCGAGCCAGAGGUAUAGUUAGAUGCAUCAUGAGUACUUUGGGGUGUGUUGGAAAUGGACUGUGGAGGAUUAUGCGCCCAGCCUCCUGAUUUCGAGGACUUCAUUGUCAUUAAAAGAUCAAGCCGCUUCUAGAUGAGUGCUUGGUGUGAAGUUCGUAUUUGUAGUUCGCUC